AUGCAGGCCCCGGCCGCGGGCGCUGGACCCGCCUCGCUCCUAACGCCGCUCGGCGCUGCCUACUACGUGAAGAGCAAAACCCUGGACGUUGCGCACUAUCAAGCGCUUAUUGACCGAGGCUGGCGACGAUCAGGCACCCUCCUCUACAAACCUGACGUUCGGAGAGCUUGCUGCCCGCAUUACACAAUCCGCCUCCCGGCCGCCUCUUUCAAACCAACCAGAGAUCAGCGACAGGCUGUCAACCGUUGGAACAGGUUCGUUCUGGGCGAUUCCUACUUGAACGAGGCCAAGAAGCUGCAUCCCAAGACCAAAGAAGAAAAGGCAAAGCAGCGAAAUGGCUUCAACCUCUAUGAUGUCAUACAUGAGGCCGAAGAUUUGAAUGUGAAGAGGCCACCCGAGCCUGCUCACCGCUUUGAGGUGACGCUGGAGCCUGACAGCUUCACCGAUGAGAAGUUCCAGCUCUUUUCAAACUAUCAGCAAGCCGUGCACCAUGAAGAAGCUCAUAAGGUCACGCAAGGAGGCUUCCGCCGCUUCCUGUGCGACUCGCCACUCCAACGUCGUGCAGCUGACGGGUCCUCGACCCGUCUAGGUUCGUUCCAUCAAUGCUACAGGCUCGAUGGGCGCCUCAUUGCCAUUGCUGUGCUGGAUCUUCUCCCGCAUGCCGUGAGCGGUGUAUACUUCAUCUACCACUCGGACUUCGAAAAGUAUUCUUUGGGGAAGAUAAGCGCUCUUCGUGAAGCCGUCUUGGCUGAAGAACUGGGCCUCCACUUCUACUACAUGGGCUACUACAUCCACAAUUGUAAGAAGAUGCGGUACAAAGGCGAAUAUCAGCCUCAGUAUGUACUCGAUCCGGAGUCAUAUGAGUGGAACGAGCUCAACGGUGAGCUUCGUGCGCUAUUGGAUGAGAAGAAGUACGUGUCGUUAUCGCGUCAGAGACAGAGCAAGGGGGCAAAGGUGCUCGACAACGGAGGAGAUACCCCUAUGCCGGAGGCAAGUUCAGACGAUGACUUCGACGGCAAGCACCUGGAUUCUCCGGUGCUCGCCGCGGCAGCUGCUGAUGACGGCCUCUCCCUCAUGGAACUUGGCGUUCCGGGUGUGCUGAAAGUAGAUGAACUAUUGGAAAAGAUCAGUCUGGAUAAGAUCAAGAUUGGUAUUCCCAGUGCCGGCAUAGUUGCGGAUAUGGAGGAUCUCGUUACAUGGGACAAGGGAACGAUCACAGACAAGACUUCACUCAAAGGCCACAUCGCGGAGAUGGCUGCAUGUCUUGGCCCUGAGGUCGCAAAAGAGAUGAUAGUCCAGCUGGGUGGAUGA